CCGAUUUCCUCCUUUCCCCGCUCCGCCCCCCGUCCUCGGAUCUCAUCCGCUCUCGGCACCGCUUCCUUCAUCCGGGCCCUGCGGCUCUCCCGGCUGCAGCCGCCCCGUUUCCCGCUUGAACUCGGCUUCCGAUCCCAGCGGCUCCGGGAUCCGGGCCCAGUCCCGGCUCGGAGAUCGAGCAUGUGCGGCUCGGCCCAGAUUUCCAAGCUGCUGCUGCUGAUGGGGCCGCUGCUCUCGGGCAGUGCCAUGGUGCCCAGCCUCGGAGGGCUCUUCUUCCUCUUUAUCUACAGGAGUUACCGGCAUUUCAUAGGGAACAAUGACCUGCUGCUGCCGGCCAGCCUCUGCUUUGUGGUUGCUGGACUGCUAGUACUCACCGGAAUUGUGGGACUGUGUGCCGCAGUCAGCCAGAGCCACUGCCAACAAGGAGCCUUCCUCUACUUGGUCCUGAUUCUGUUUAGUCUGGAGGUUACUACAGGCACCCUCGGAUACAUCAACAGUGUUCGAGUAGAGUCUGCUGACCUGAAUAGUUUUAAUGAGAUCUUCAGGAACUAUAACGGCAAUGAUUCCAUGAUCAACAGUAGGGCAGUGGACCAACUGCAGGAAAAGAUGCAGUGUUGUGGAGUGAGGAAUUAUACUGACUGGACUCAAUUUCCAUGGUUCUUUCAAAGUGGAAAUGCCAGCAUUCCUCACAGCUGCUGUGCCAGGAAUCUCACAAGCUGCACUGGAGAUCUGGAAGAGCCGGAACUGCUUUACACACAGGGCUGCCUCCUGACCCUACAAGAUGAGCUGCAAUGGAUCUUAUUGUUUACACUAGGCUGGAUCAUUGCUGUUUUCUGUCUGCAGAGCCUGGGAGCUUUGGUCAUCUGUCUCUGGACGAACUCUGAUCCUGCUCCAUACCAGCUGUUGAACACUGAUAACUUCUCCUAAUGAAGGACUCUGCCUGACUCUGUCACUAAUUGAUGCACAAAGCAAACUCAGACUUCCACAUUAAACAGGAUCCUGUCGAAAUAGGAGGAACCAUUUACAAAUCACUGCUGCAAGACUUGACUGUCACCAGAACAAUGACACCUCCCCUCCUAUCUAGUGAACCCCUUCCAUUGAGACCCCCCCUUCCCUGUCCAGUGCCCACACCAGUGUCCAGAGAUCACCUUUGUCCAGUGACCCCCAUCCGGUGAGUGCCCAAUCCAGUGAACCUCCUGCUCCCCUAUGCUGUGACCUUCCCCCAUCCUGUGGUCUCCUUUGUAUAGCGACCAUCCCAUCCUGUGCCCCUUCCUCUCCCUCCCCCCAUAGAGUGACUUCCUUGACCUUCCUGGUAGAAUGACAACUCUUGUCUAAUGAGGGAAUGCCGUCCCCCAAUCCCCAGCCCCCCCCACACAGAAAGGAAAGUUCCCCCACAACGGCUGUAAGAAACUACCAAAAACACUGGCUUCAUCUAAUUCACUGAGCAUCCAGGGUUGUGUUUCUUUAUAAAACUUUACAAUACUUUGUAAUACUUUAUAAUACUAGUACAAUCUACACACUGACACACGACUCUCACAGAAACCUGUGGAUAUUCGGAGGAAUCAUUGCUUUGUUUGAUAUGUAUCCUAAUCUGAUGUAUCUAUCUAGCUGUGGGCAGUAAAUAAAAUUAGAUGUACAUUUUAA